AUGACCGUGGGGAGGUCUGCAGGAGCCUCCGGCGGUUCUCAGUGGAGCCAUCAGAUAUUUUCCCCCAAAUCCUCCUCAGACACAGACGCAGACGAGGAGCUGCAUGGGGAUGGGCUGGUUUUGCCCAGGGCCAGCAAACUCAGUGAGUUCCUCGGUCCAGAGGAGGAGACAGACUCUACUUCUGACUCAACUGGGAGUUUUUUCGAGACUCUGCAGGCACUGAGGCAGAAAGACAUGCGGUGCCGGUUGGAAUCCCUCUAUCCGUCUGAGCCAGACAGUGAUGAGAGCCUCUCUGAAGAGGAUGAGGACCCGGAGCGUUUCUUCCAAGACAAAGGCAGGGGGAAGCCACAGGUGCAGUACCCCCCAUCUGCGAGGUGUGGCUCCGUGAGGCGCUGCAGCUCCUGGGGCACCCUGCCCUCCCGUACUCCCAAGGCUCAUCCACAGCCACCGUCCGGCUUCAGGCCUCCCUCCCGGCACAGAAGCAUCAGCUCCUGGGCGUCGUCCAUCACCGUCCCUCAGCCGUUCCGCAUGACGCUGCGCGAGGCCAGGAAGAAGGCACAGUGGCUCGCCUCCCCGGCCUCCUUUGAGCCCGAGAGGCAGCAGGCCGAGAAACAGGGCCGGGAGGAGGCCGAGUGCCACCGGCAGUUCCGGGCCCAGCCCGUGCCCGCCCACGUCUACCUGCCCCUCUACCAGGAGGUAAUGGAGCGCAACGAGGCGCGCAGGCGGGCGGGGAUCCAGAAGAGGAAGGAGCUGCUCCUCUCUUCCUUGAAGCCCUUCAGCUUCCUAGAGAAGGAGCAGCAGAGAAAGCAAGCUGCUCUGCAGAGGCACCUGGCCGCCACUGCCGCUACAGCCAAAGUCCCCAAGCAGAAGGCCACCAGGAGGAUCCCCAAGUCCAUUCUGGAGCCAGCCCUCGGGGACAAACUCCAGGAAGCUGAGCUCCUUAGGAAAAUUCGCAUCCAUAUGAGAGCCCUAGACACGCUCCAGAAGGCCUCAUCCCCCAUUGCCCCCUCCAGUAGCCAGGCUGACCGACAGCCUCGAACAGCCACACGGACCCGGGAGGAAAAGCUUGGGUUUCUGCACACUGACUUUGGAUUCCAGCCUCGGGUGAAUCCUGCCAUCCCUGAUUAUGAAGAACUUUAUAAGGCCUUCCAGAAGCAAGCUGCCAAGAGAAGAGACACCCGGGAGGCAACGCGCAACAAGCCCUUCUUGCUGAGAACUGCCAGCCUGUGUCACACUCGGAGGCCCUGUGUUGUCGCCGCCUCUGAAGGUAGAAAGGAAUCUCCAGAGCCACCCGCCACACGCCUGUCGAGGAGUCGUUCUCUGAAUGGCCUUGCUUCCCUCUCUGCCAACACCCUCCCUGUACAUAUCACAGAUGCCACCAGGAAGCGGGAAUCUGCGGUCCGAUGUUCACUUGAGAAAAAGGACAAAGCAGAUGAAAGUACUCAGUGGUUGGAGAUGCACAAAAAGAAGUGUCAGGCAAUAUCUAAAUCUGUCACCUUGCGUGCAAAAGCCAUGGAUCCCCAUAAGAGCCUGGAGGAGGUGUUCAAAGCAAAGCUCAAAGAGAAUCGGAACAAUGACCGUAAAAGAGCAAAAGAAUAUAAGAAAGAACUGGAGGAAAUGAAGGAAAGAAUACAAAGGCGGCCGUAUCUCUUCGAACAGGUUACCAAGGACCUUGCCAGGAAGGAAGCAGAACAGCGGUAUCGAGACACCCUGAAGCAGGCUGGGCUGGAUGAAGACUUUGUGAGGAACAAGGGUCAGGGCAGCCGGGCUCUACAGUGGAAGGAGCAGUGGGAAGUCGGUGAUUGUCCCAGCACUCAUGAAACUACAAAAGUUGGCAUCAGGAAUCCACAGCAGGAUUUAGAAGAAUCUCUGGAACAGAUUUCAAGUCCCAUGAAAGAACUGAAGGAGCUGUCUUACGAAUUACCAGAUAAUCUCAGAACACUUGCUUAA